UUAUGUUCAGUCAACGCUCGUCCCUCGGCAAAAUCACUACGUGUCUUUAUUGACUCCUGUUCGUAUCUUUAAGAAGCGCGUGUUCCUUCUUCUCGUUAUUGUGUUUAAAGAAAAUUUUAAUAAACCUAAUCGAAAAUUACACUUAAACGUCACUUUAUACAUAUAUAUAUAUAUAUAUAUACAUGUGUCGCAACUUCGAUCGUGUCUCAACUUCUUUGUCUUUUUUUUUCUACCAUGUGCUUGUUCUCGUCACUAUAAUUAAUGCUUACGAUUAAUCUUUUUUAAAAUUCCACAUAUCACUCAAAAGAGGUCGAUUAUUCUUUUCGAUCAAUAGGAGUAUAUUUUGAAAUUAUCUGAGAGUGUUAGCACGUGACACCGUAGUAUUUGAUUUUAAGUUUAUGAAAAAAUGAUAUAAGUGAAAGAUUAGUUGGAAUUAAUUAAAAUUUUAAUUAGGUGAUUUAUAUCUAUUUUUAAAGAAUAAUAAUGAACUCUUAAAAGAUAAAGUUCUGAGAAGGUCUUAUAUACUAAGGACAACCAACAAACUUAUUAACAUAUCGAUAAAAAAAAAAUAAUUGCAAUAACGAAGAUCUCAACGAGUCGUGAAACAACAACGUUUAUCAAUACCGUGCAUUUACGUUCCAAGGCAAAUAUUUAAAUAUUAAUCAGAUACAAUAUUAAUGAGUCGUAACAAUGCUCGUAUUACUGUUACGGACUUUUCCAACGAUUUUCAUACUAUUUACGGUAACGAACGACUUGGUUUAUGGAAAUCCUGUAUCUUCGCAAAACGAAAAUGGAGAACUUACUUUCCAAAUUGUUCACACUAAUGAUAUGCACGCCAGAUUCGAAGAAACUUCAAAAAUGUCAGUACCAAUUUGUCCUAAACAGGAUGUUAAAGCAGGUAAUUGUUACGGUGGUUUCGCCAGAAUAGCAACAUUGGUUCGCCAAGCUAGAAAUUCUUCCAUACCAACGUUAUUUUUGAACGCUGGUGAUACUUAUCAAGGUUCAGUCUGGUAUAAUAUUUACAAAUGGAAAAUCGUUGUUCAAUUUCUCAACAUUCUCGCGCCAGAUGCAAUAAGUCUUGGAAACCACGAGUUCGAUGAUGGUGUUAACGGUUUGAUACCCUUCAUCGAGAAUGCAAAGUUUCCCGUUCUUGCAACAAAUCUUGAUCUAUCGAAAGAGCCGAACUUAAAAGCGACGAAAUUAGCAAACAGUACGGUCUUGUUAAUAAACGGUACGAAAAUCGGUGUGAUCGGUUAUCUCACGCCAGAUACAACGAUCUUAUCGAGCACCGAAAAUGUGAUAAUUAAUGACGAAGUACCAGCAAUUCGUGAGGAAGCUAAGAAAUUGAAGAAAGAGGGUGUCAAUAUUCUCAUUGCUUUGGGUCAUUCUGGGUUCAACGUUGAUAAAAAAAUUGCCAAAGAAGUUGAGGACAUCGAUCUUGUUAUUGGUGGACAUACCAAUACUUUUCUUUAUCGUGGCAAACAACCUGAUAUAGAACACCCAGAAGGUUUUUAUCCUACUGAAAUUAUACAAGACAAUGGUAGAAGAGUCUAUGUUGUUCAAGCAUACGCUUAUACCAAAUAUCUUGGUAACUUUAGCGUUACAUUCGAUUCAAAUGGUGAAAUUACUCACAUCGAGGGUAAUCCGAUUCUCGUGGAUCAUAACAUCGAUCAGGCACCGGAUAUUAUCGAAGAACUGGAUCUACUCAGACCUGCAAUCGAUAAUAUAACUUCGUUGGAAAUCGGAAGGACUCGUGUAUUGCUUAACGGUGAUAGUAAAAUUUGCCGAAAGAAAGAAUGCAAUUUAGGAAAUCUUAUUACAGAUGCUAUCGUCGAUUACAAUGCCCAACAAUAUUUUGUCAAAGGAAAAUGGACCGACGCUGCUAUUGCUGUUCAAAAUAGUGGAAAUAUUAGAGCAUCUAUAACUAGAGAUUUAGACGAUAAAAUCACAAUGGGUGAUAUACUUGGCGUUCUACCCUUUGGCAAUACCAUAUUCAAAGUUUCUAUGACAGGAGAACAAGUGCUUUCAAUGUUAGAAUGGAGCGUAUAUAAUCUUCAUCAAAAUUCUUCUGAUAACUUAUUUGGCGCAUUCCUCCAAUUUUCUGGCCUUCAGGUUUUAUAUGAUAUUUCUCGUCCAGUUAAUUCGAAAGUGGUUUCCGUUAAAGUACGAUGUGCCGCUUGUAAUAUUCCAAGUUAUAGUGAUCUCAAUAAAACUGCAACUUACAAUGUUCUGAUGAGUGAUUUUAUGCGUAACGGAGGAGAUGGAUAUAAGAUGUUAAAAGACCUUCAAUUUACUACAAUAGGUGUUACAAUAGCAGAUAUAGUUAGUCAAUAUUUGAAAAAAUACAGUCCUGUAUAUACUGGUGUUGAUUGGAGAAUUAAUUACAUCCACGAAUUAUAUUCUGACAAAAUACAGGAUACAGAAUAUGUUAAUAAAAUUAAAAAUAAAGAUACAUCAUCUGCCCCAGUAAAGGAGCAUUCGAUAGGACUUAUAAUUCUGUUAAUGAUGUCUAUUGGAUUGUUAACGUAAUCAUUUCAUUGUAACGGUAACUUUACGUUAAGUUUGGCAGAAGAAAUAUAAAAUUUGACAUUAUUUACAUAUUAAUGACAUAAUUAUUAAAAAAAAAAAAAA